AGACUCAAAGGGAUCUGCCCACGUCGUGUCUGUAUCUCUGCGCUACGACACACUGACACUGGACCAAUUUUUGGAGGUGCGAGUGAUUGGGCUGCAGGUGUUCUUCUUCCCAGACUAUGUGGUGGAUAUGCUGCACUUUGUGACCCCACCUGCAGCAGAUGUGGUGACAGACACGCCAG